CCCGCCGCCGCGCCGGAAAGUUGCCGCCGCUUCCCUUCUGUCCCUCUUCAGUCCCUCGCCCCGAGCCGUGAGUUUUCUGCGUAAAAUACAUUAACGAGUCCUUUCAUUUGCUUGUUCCUUCAGGGUCGCGUGUUAGUUUUGUUGGAGAGGGGUGCAGGCUCUCUCUGUUACUCGGCGAGAGAGCUGGCAGAUGUCCCAAGUGAGAGAACCUCUUCCUCCGGGGCCUGGAGGGCCAGAGCAAGCUCCGACUGAAAACAGCUCUUUGAUCUCCCUCCCUCGAGGAAAAACUGACCAAGAGACUACUGUGGCAGGAGAUAAAGACAUAAACCAGCCUUCCAGUAAUCAAAGUAUACAAGCAGAGAUACAAGAGCAGUCCAUCUGGGGAAAUCGCACUGAUGGUGACCUCAUCAGAACACAACCUCGACGUUUGCCUCAGCCAAAUACUUCAGCACUGGAAAGGAGUGAGGAAGAAAGUGGAAAAAUCCAAAAUGGCCAUGUGGGUCUGGGUAAUGGAAGUGGAAUUCACAACGGGGUCAAGCAUAUGCCUGCAGACAACAGAAAGCUUUCAUCUCCUGUUUCAGAAAAAAUGCACAGAAAAAUUCAGUCCACCUUGUCUGUCAACAGCAACAGCAGCAAGAAGAAUAAAAUAAGCUCUGUGUUUUCUCAAAAGCCAGGUACUUCACCAGAAGAUUGCUGUGUUCACUGUAUCCUGGCUUGCUUGUUCUGUGAAUUUCUCACCCUCUGCAACAUUGUUCUGGGACAAGCAUCCUGUGGCAUCUGCACGUCGGAAGCCUGCUGCUGCUGCUGCGGGGACGAGAUGGGGGAUGACUGUAACUGCCCGUGUGACAUGGACUGUGGCAUAAUGGACGCGUGUUGUGAAUCUUCAGAUUGCUUGGAGAUCUGCAUGGAAUGCUGUGGGAUCUGCUUCCCAUCAUGAAAUAUUUAUCCCUUUCUAUUUUAUUCUCUAUAAAACUGGAGAGCUUUUCUUUAAAUACAUUUGAAGAAAGACUAGGUAAGAUUUUCACACUUGCACUGUUAAUUCUCUUUAUAUAAAUAUUUUUUUAAAAAGUAAUCCUCAAGUCUGUAUUCUAACACAAAUGGUAUAGUUUUGUAUGUGAAACUAAAGCUACAUUCCAGCUUCCUUUUGGCUUUGCAAAUGGAAGAGUUUACUGAAAGUAAAUUCUAGGCCUGAUACUGCAGGCCACAUGAAGGCAAAAUUGCCAUUUGAAUCCAGUGAAUCAAGGUUUUGGUCAGAGAACAGACUGCAAGGCAAAGCCUUAAGUAUUUGCUACAUACUUUAAUGUUUAAACACUCAAAUGCCUCCAUGCAUAACAUGCCUUUACAGGCAUUCUGAAAAUCAACAUAUCUCUGUUUCUCUCUCUUUGGGUUGAAAGCAACUUUGCUCUAUUAUUUUAAACUUAAUUCAAAAGCCAGCAUUAGAAAUAUACUGUUGGUUUUGCUACAGUGGUCAUGUUGGCAAUAUGUCUUUUGUUUUGAAUAUCUCAUUAAUUAGAGAGCAAUUCCCGGUAUUUUACAUUGC